GAAUACCAAUAUCGAUAGAAAUUGUGCAAAGAAAACUUAUUAAAGUUAAAAAUAAAGAAUAUUGGGUUCUAUAUUAUUUUAAAAAAAUUAAAAAUGCAGAAAAAAAUUGUGUUGCUGUUCGCAGUAUCUCUAUUAUCCUUGGCAGAUAUUUCUUUUGGACAAAAAUGUAAUGAAUGUAUGAGCAACGGAGUUUUGUGUGAUAGUCCCACUAGUUAUGUUCUAUGCGAUGGUGGGAUUCCAAUGGGUAAAUCGAAAUCAUGUUCCGGAGACAAAAAAUGCACCAAUUCAGAUGCAAUAUGUGAGAGUGAAGCAGAUAUUGACAGCAAAAAACUUGUAAUUCCAUGUGAAGGCAGUUGUGCCAUAUGUCCAGAUAGUAGCGCUGCACACACAGGAUUUACUUGUGUUUCUCAAAAGGAAUAUGUGCGUUGUGUUGAUCAAGUACCAGUUUAUAGUGCCAUUUUCGAAUGUGACACUGACGAGGAAUGUAGUAAUGACAUAUAUCAGAAGGACCAAAAUAUAUGUGCACCAGAAUGUGUAUUAGAUCACUAUGGUAUGACUGAGAGUUGCACAAAUCCAGCAUACGUUGCUCCAACAGAACCACCACCAACAACAACAUCGUCACCUGCACAGUUACAAGCGGUUUGUGCAGCGGUACAAACCACCAAAACAUAUUUCUACACCACGAAUACUAAUGAUUUAACUUGUAGAGCAUACGUUUAUUGUGAGUUACGAAAUAAUGCAUGGACAGCUAUUGGUAUGGCCUGCCCAGAAGGUUAUUUCUCAGAAGUACAACAAAAAUGUGUAACGGGAGAGAAGCCAUCAACAUGCCCUGUGGCACAAGUCACAACUCUCCGUCCUGAUGAUGGAAUAAAUUAUAAUAUUAUUUUUUCGUAAACUCUAUUAAUCUAUUAUUACGAAUGUA